AUGGUAAGCAGGCUGUUUGAGAAUGAGCAAAAUCCCAUAUCAGAUAUAAAUAAAACUGAAAAUGAAAGCUUUCCAACAACUUCAUUAGUUCCAUACAGCAGAGGGCUUGAUUUCGUAAAAGAUAAAAAAUUGCAAAAUGAAAUAAUUCAAAAAUCGAAUCCAGACAAUUAUGCAAUUGUAUCACAACAUUUUAAUUUACACUGCCCAAUGUGUGGUAGAAUUAUACCACACAAAUUUUAUCCUAAUGGUUUUAGUCAACCCAAUGACGAAGAUAAUAUAUUGAAGUUGAAAAACUUGCAAAAACCAAAAAACUAUGGCUACAAUAAUAUUAAUAUUUCCAAUGAAGGACAAAUAAAGACAUCAGAUAUAUCAUCUAAUAAUUUUGAUAGCAAUGAAUUUGAAAAUAACUCCGAAGCUAGUGAAAAAAUUAAUAAUUGCUUAAACGAACGAUAUGUUAACUAUAAUGUUGAAAAUCAAAAUUACUUUUUUUUCUUAGAAGAAUUGUAUCGCCAGAUCAAUAUUAGAAAUAAUAUUAACAGGUUCCAAUAUUCUGUAAUGAAUAAUAUUGUUGAAAAUAAUUCUGAUUCAAAAAGCUUUGAUAAUGAAAGAGGUGCGCUGGAAUUUAAUAGAUUAAAAUCUUCAAAAACAAUUGAUACGGAAGUCAACUUAAUUAACCUAAAUUCAGAUUUGUUAAUGACAGGAUAUUACAAAAAAUUUUUUGUAGAGAUUAGAAAACUUGGAAGUGGUAGUUUUGGACAAGUAUAUCUAUGUGCUCAUGUACUUGAUGGGAUUACAUUAGCAAAAUAUGCCAUAAAAAAAGUUCCUGUUGGUGACAAUAAAAAGUGGCUUUCAGCAGUAUUACGCGAAGUAAAAAUCCGCGAGCUAUUGCAUCACCCAAACAUUGUUCAAUAUAGGCAUUCUUGGCUAGAAAUGUACAGUUCAAACGAGUUUUGUCCCAAAGUACCCUGGCUUUUUCAAUUAAUGGAAUAUUGCAAUUCUGGAUCUCUUGAUACCUUAGUUGACUCAGUUUCAAUCUUUAAUCACAACAUAAAAAGUUAUGAAGAACAUGCAAAUCGAACUAAAAAUUUAUUAUCCUUUUCAAAUGAUAAUGAAAAAUAUAUUAUUAAUGACGAAUUAGGUCCAGAUUUUAGUCACUUCUCAAAUAAAUCUUUUACUGAAAUCAGUGGUAGUAAUCUUUUCUCAGAAAAAUAUAUAGAUGAAAAUCACAUAUGGAAAAUUUUUUUCGAUGUUAUUUUUGGUUUACAGCAUCUACAUCAUAGAGGAAUAUUACACCGAGAUCUAAAACCGUCUAACAUCUUACUACACAUUACCUUUGAUGAAUUUCUUGAACAACCUAUCUGUCAGGCAUUACUUUCAGACUUUGGAACUGCACAAGUCCUCAAAAAUGUAAAUUUGAAGCUACUUUCAUCAGAAAUAAUACAUGAGUUGAAUUAUGUCACACAAGGUACUCAAAAUGUUUUGUCUGAUUAUCAAGAAGAGUAUGCAAUUUCUUCAAAUCAACGCCACGGUUUCACAGGUACAGUGGAGUAUACUGCACCAGAACUUCUUGCAAAAGACAAAAAUGGAAAUUUCACGGGAGAAUACAAUGUAUACAGUGAUAUUUGGUCAUUGGGAAUUACAGUUUACAAAUUAUCUUACAAUCAGGUUCCAUUUAGAGUCGAUACAACAAAUGGCCUUGACCCAGAAGACCCAGAAGAGUGUAUUAAAGCUAUUUUUAAAGGUAUGAAAAAUCUAGAGUUUCCAAGUAUCCCAAGCAGGACAAAUGAACUAAAGUUCCUAAUUAGGUCAAUGUUGGACCCGAAUCCAAUAAAUAGACCAAAUACUGACGAUAUUCUAAGGCAUCCUGUAAUUCAAGACAAAUUGAGAUCAUCGGAAAUAAUAAACGCAAGCAUAGAACUUGCAAAUAUAAUAAAAUACGAGAACUGUAAAUAA